GUCUACGCUAAGCCCUCACGGUAAGGACCAACUUCCCUUAAACCUACGUCAAUCUUCCCCGCCCGCUUUCUGCCGUUGUGGUCAUUCAAGACCACUCCCGUGCCUGAAGGUUUAUUGACUUCACUAUUAUUCUCCGUUCCGCUCAUCUUGCCCUUACCUACCUCAUCCCGACUUCACUCAUUCACCCACCACCCACGCACUCAACGCUUUCUCUUUUUUCAUUACUACUUUCGUCUUCCGUGCUUCGCAUAUUUAUUCUUCUGAUCAUCGUUUCUAACAUCAUCCCUUAGAAAUCUAAAUCAAAAGAAAAGAAGAGUCGCAGUUCUUUGAACUCCCAUUUUUAUCUGAAAUGGCUCCCACUCACCGUCGAGGACCUUGGGUCCCUGAGGAGGACCAGUUGCUGCUUCAGUUGGUUCGCGAGCAGGGCCCUAACAACUGGGUUCGCAUCUCCUCACACAUGCACUACCGGUCUCCCAAGCAGUGUCGGGAGCGUUUCCACCAGAAUCUCAAGCCAUCGCUUAACCGGGAGCCCAUCUCCGUCGAGGAGGGGAUCAUGAUUGAGCGCCUUGUGGGUGAAAUGGGCAAGCGGUGGGCUGAAAUCGCCCGACGACUGGGCAACCGAAGCGACAAUGCGGUCAAAAACUGGUGGAACGGUAGCAUGAACCGAAAGAGAAGAGGACUGCCUACGUCAGCCACACCUCAUCCUGGACGCACCUGCAACGGCCGAGUCGAGGCUCCGUAUGCGCGCGCUUCUACCAGCCUGGGCAGCCCAAUCAGUCACUCUCGGUACUCAUCCAUCUCCCACGACCGACCUUUGACUUCCUGGUCGAAAUCGCCCUCCCGCAGGGACUCUUGCUCAACCACGUCCAUCGACUGCCCCCGGCAGUUGACCCCCAUUUACACACUUCCGGCUCUCAACUGUCCGGUCGAAACUCCCUUGACCUCGCCUGCUUUCUCCGAAGCCUCCAACACCCUCUCGAUCGAACCCCCUUCCAUGGUCUCUGACCACAACUCAGUUUCCUCCGCGUCUCCUCGAACCGUCUCUUCCCCGCAACUUCUACCUUUCCCGCUUGAUCACCGCCAGCAGUACGGCGAUUUGCGCAGACCAAGUGCACCGAUCCAGUCCUCAGACGAUGUCUACUUCUCUGCCAGUCACCAAGUUCCAGCAGCCAUUGAGCCUUUCUCCGAUCUGUCGCUCAAGCAGCGAUGGGCUUCCGAUCGUCGGUCGUUCAACCAUCCCUCUGCUCUCCUACCGCAGACCUGGCCCAUGUCCCCGGAGGGCCCUCGAUCGAAUUUGUUCAAGGCCGAAGCUCCCCGUGACUCCCGCAUGGGUCUUGACAACCUGCUCAAUUAAUGACUGCACGACCGUCUGCUUUACGUUCUACUGUGUUGAUAUUUGCUUUCCAAGGUGAUGUUCUGGAAGCGUCUAAUGUAUAUGUGUGACCACCGACCGAUGUCUCUCUUUUGACACUAUUCUUUCCUUUGUACCUAUAUCCUGUAUAUCUUUGUUGUUUGUUUUCUCCCCUGAUUCCCACGUCGGGUCACGUGGGUUAUGGAUGGUAUUCUUUUUUUUUGGGUGAUCGAAUCAUUUGGCGGGUUCAAUUUCUUUUGAGCUGAUUUUUUUUUUUGCUUCUUCCUUAAAAGCAUUUUAUUGGAAACGGCGUUCUCUGGCUUUGUGAUUUCACGGUCACUGUAGGGUGAUCCGGUGAAUGUUUUGGGCUCAUAGAAGGUCUUGCAGUGGAGAUUACUUCCGGAUUUUGAACGUUGGCUUUGCAUGUAUUGUUAUUACGGAAGAUUUUCAUGCUCGGACUUAAUAUUAAUACCCCAAUGGCUUGCUUAUCUCUACA